AUGGAUGAGGGAAUCUGCUUCCAGGUCAAGAGCAGAGAUGACCCCACUCAGACCUCCCGCCUGCCUGGUUCACCCAAGCCCCGUCCUGGAUCCCUAGAAGGGAAACCAGAGGAAAAUGAGGUGAAGGUCUGUUACAAGCUCCAUCUGGUCGGGUCAGUGCCCGUCCACCCACUGACCACCAUGACAAUGCUGCCUUGGGUAGUGGCUGAGAUUCGAAGGCCUCAGCUGAGGAAGAGGAUAGCUGCUGGCCCCCCCACAGUGGAGGUCAGUGUCUCUCCGGUGGUUCUGGAGGUGUCUGCUAGUUCUGUGCGCUGUGUUCUGGAUGUGGCCGGCCCAGGGAGGCCCUGGGACCCAUUGCAGCAUAACGUUCUGUUUGAGUGCCUUCCGCACCGGAUCACCAAACUCAUCCAUAACAGCCAGGAACCAAAUUACUUUGGCUGUCUGAUCCGAGAUGAUCCCAGGGCUCACUGUUACCUGUUCCGCUGUGAAGACCAGCGAAAGGUCCCUGAGAUCAUCAGCACGCUACGGCAGGCCGGCAAGAACGCUGCCCGUCAAGAAGACACUCCAACAGCCCCGCCCACUGGCGCCAGUCGCCAUGACAACGGCCCCACCCAAACGUCCUGCCAACCCUCGACGGCCGACAUGUCGACGGCCUUCUCCAAGAAGUUCGAGGUGCUGUUCUGCGGGCGCGUUAUUGUGGCUCACAAAAAAGCCCCCCCGGCACUCAUAGAUGAGUGCAUUGAAAAAUUCGGGCGCGCCACAGGGGCGGGGGGGUUGGCGGCGGGCAUCAGGCGGGUGCUGUCGCUCACACAGAUGAUGAACGGGUCGAACGAGGGCGAGGAGGGCGAGAGGAAAACACCGCUGUUUUUCCGGAGGGAUCCCAGCUUCCCGUCCCUGCAGGCGCUGGACGAGAACGGACUCUCUCCCGAACUGCAGCGCCGAAGCGCCAACGGCGCCUGCCAGGUCCAACCGACCAGCAUCCAGGAGAACCGCACCAUGCUCUUUAUGAUUGGCCAUUCUCAGAUAUUCCUGGUGAGUCCUGACAGUAAGAGAGUGGCCAUAGAGAAGAGCUUCAGAGAGAUCUCCUUCUGCUCACAGGGUGUCAGACAUGUGGAUCAUUUCGGGUUCAUAUGUAGAGAAUCAGUGGAGAGUGGGACUUGCCAAUUUGUCUGCUAUGUCUUCCAGUGUACUGACGAGGCUCUGGUGGAUGAGAUCAUGCUGACUUUAAAGCAGGCGUUCUCAGUGGCCGCCCUGCAGCAGAACUGUAGGACCCAGGGUCAGCAGUGCGACAGCUGCCCCAUGCAGCAGCUCCACAGGCUCUGUGACAGAAUAGAAGGUCUCCACCCGACUAAAGCUAAGCUGGAGCUGCAGAAACAUGUGGCGGGUCUGGAGGCCAAGGAGCAGGCAGCCGUGUUUGAGAGGACCACGAAAGCCAGGCCUAAGUCUGAGCAGGAGGAAAACGAGCUGGUUGUCUCCUGUCUGCGAAGACUGUACGAGGAGAAACAGAAGAAUCACACACACUCAAACAACACAGAUCCCAAACAGGGCUCUGAUGGCAGUAUGAGUGCCAGCCGACAGCGUCUGGAACUGCUCAGGACUAAAGCUAAGAGAUCUCUCACUGAGUCACUAGAAGGAAUCUGGAAGGGCAGCGGUAAGACUAAAGCACAACGAGACUGUAGUGAAGGAAACAGCCUGUCCUCAAAUUCGACACUCAACAGCAUGACCCAGGAUGUGUCCUUGGAUGACCCUCUCUCUUCUCCUGUCCUGCCCUCCACCCCUCUGAGAUCCCACAAUUCCACAGGGGACCUGAAGCGUCUGGACACCUCCCAGUCGGGUCGCGACCCCCCGCCGCAGGCGUUCCGCCGGAGAGCAAGCACCAUCAGCCACUCCCCGACUCUCUCCCCCAGUGACCCGCCCUUACCUCCCAAAGAGCCCACCGCUGCCACCAAACCCAAACUGGUCCGCCACUACUCUGUCAGCACAGACACCCCACACCAGAGCAAUUCCUCAUCCUCAUCUUCAUCUUCCUCUCCUGCUCCUGUCUGUCCAAAGCCGAUGAGGCCGCGCGCCCUAGCCCUUGAGCCAGGGUCGCGACCCCCCAAAAGGAGUCCAUCUGGUCUCAGUGGAUUGAGGGCAAGGAUGCACUCAUCCUCUUCUGUUCCAAACUUCCUCAAAUUUCUCGCCCCUGUAGAGGAGAAUGACGAUAACACUGAGUCCCCCAGGAGAAGUGAUGUGGCAGCGCUGUCCAGUCCUAGAGCGGUGUGUGUCGUGGGAGAAGACAGUCCCCUGCGUAGCCGAAGACACUCUUGGAGACAGCAGAUCUUCCUCAGAGUCGCUACUCCUCAGAAAAGCUCCGAUCCCACAGAAAGGGGUGACUCUUCCCUGGAGGUGGGAGGCAGGAUGGCCCUGGGGAGCGGGGCUGGAGACAGUGCCCUGGGGGCGGUGCCAGAGGAGAGAAGGCGGCGGAGUGGGGCGGAGCUCCGGGAACUGUGGAAGAAGGCCAUCUUACAACAGAUCCUGCUGCUGAGGAUGGAGAAAGAAAAUCAGAAACUACAGGCCUCAGAGAAUGACCUGCAGAGCAGACGUCUAAAGCUGGACUAUGAAGAGAUCACACCGUGCCUUAAGGACGUCACACUCGUCUGGGAGAAGAUGCUAGGGACCGCAGGGAGGUCAAAGGUCAAGUUCGACCUGGAGAAGAUCCAUGCUGCAGUUGGGCAGGGCGUUCCAAGACAGCACAGGGGAGAAAUCUGGAAGUUUCUAUCAGAGCAGUGCCUCCUGAGACAGCAGGUUCCCACCAGCCGCCCUCCGAACACAGGCACGCCAUACAAAGAGCUGCUCAAACAGCUCACCUCGCAACAGCACGCUAUUCUCAUCGACCUGGGUCGUACAUUCCCCACACACCCAUACUUUUCGGCCCAGUUGGGCGCCGGCCAGCUGUCCCUGUACAACCUGCUGAAGGCGUACUCUCUCCUGGACCCAGAGGUGGGCUACUGUCAGGGCCUGAGCUUCGUCGCUGGAAUCCUGCUUCUCCACAUGGGCGAGGAGGACGCCUUCAACAUGCUCAAAUUCCUCAUGUUCGACAGGAGCCUGCGCAAACAGUAUCGGCCAGACAUGAUUAUAUUACAGAUUCAGAUGUAUCAGCUGUCUCGACUGCUGCAUGAUUAUCAUAGAGAUUUGUAUAACCACCUGGAGCAGCAUGAAAUCGGACCCAGUCUUUACGCCGCUCCCUGGUUCCUCACUGCCUUCGCCUCACACUUCCCCCUGGGCUUUGUUGCCAGAGUCUUCGACAUGCUCUUCCUGCAGGGCUCCGAGGUCAUCUUUAAGGUCGCGCUAAGCCUCCUGGGUAGUCAUAAGCCCCUCAUUCUCCAGCAUGACAAUCUGGAGGCUAUAGUGGAUUUCAUCAAAACUACACUGCCUAACCUGGGCCUAGUGCAGAUGGAGAAAACCAUUAACCAGGUCUUUGAGAUGGACAUCAGUAAGCAGUUGCAGGCCUAUGAAGUCGAGUACCACGUCCUUCAGGAUGAACUGCUGGACGGCCCCACCACUCUCAGCCAGUCACAGCGGGCCGCGCAGCUGGAGAAGACCAAUAGCAGCCUCCGGCAGCAGAAUCUGGACCUUUUAGAAGAACUCCAGACGGCACAGGCUAAGAUUCGGUGGUUGGAGGCUCGGGUGGAGGGCCUGGUGAGUAGCGAGGCCAGGCUGCAGGCGGAGGUCACCUCCCUCCAGCAGGACAAGGCGGUGCUACAUGACACAGUGUCCAAGCUCAAAGUUCUCCUCUCCAGACAUAACAUCCCACACCAAGCCCUGGAAACGUCACAGGGCAUUUGACACACACACACACACACACACACACACACACACACACGCGUCCAGUCACAAAAACGAACCCGAGAUGCUAAAAUAGCUGAACCGUGGGCCGCGUGCCAUUCCGUUUCUGUCACGGCCUUGUAUCCUCGGACUGAACGGAGCGGA